AUGGCACCUGGUAAUAAAGAGAGGCAUCCAGGACACACGGGUACUAUACCCAAAACGAAAGUGCGAAACAAUUGCAAUGUGCCGCAAGAGGCUGUAACACCAACACGACGCGACAUGGCCACUAAUAUGGUGACGACAUCAUUGGAUUGGGUUCCUGUAUCUGAAUAUAAUACACGAUCAAAUUGUAAUCAGUCUCGGAAACAAACAAACAAUACUUCAGACCAGGAAUUAACGGACAUAGACAAUUCAGCGUCAUACGAAGGAGGUUUUGGUCGUUUUGUGCCAGUACGUCCUCAACCUCGUGCUCUGCCGCUAACAGUACAGAAUAGGGAAGGUCUGUCUGAUCAGCACGAUGAUGCAGCUUCCACGAGCUCACAUACAUUGCAUCCAUAUGCUCAUCAAAUGCAGAAUGGUUUAAUACCCCAUUCAAACCACGCGGCUGCGGCUGUUAUGAUAGUUAACCCGACAACACCGAAUGCGGUCACAGGGAAUAUGAACCAGCAGUUAAAUACACCAAAUCAGAAUAGAAAUAAUCUUACAAGGAAUUUGAAUUCACGUAACACGUUUGAUGGUAACAACGCCAAUAACAACACGCCAGCCAUAACUCACAGUAGAUCGGGGACUAAGUCUGUUAAUCUGAUGAACAAUAUGUACGACCCGGGACAAGGGAACUUUAAUAAUGUCAACGAGAAUCACUCUCACAGAGAGUCAGCCCGUGCGUUAGGCGAGGCUAUAGUGGCUGCGUGUCCUGACGCAGCGGCUGUCGAGAGAAGAUUGGGACAGAUAAGGGAAUACAUACGAGUGACGUCAUCACUCGUAGACACUAUGAGGAACUCGGAAGACGAGGCUUUUAUUGAGCACACAAAAGAAGAAUACGAUGAGCUAGUGAAAAUGGUGAUGCAGUUGAAAGAGAGUGAGACGAAACUAGAAGCUCUAUUAGUUAACAAUGAACCCGAAGAAUCUGUAACUCAAAACGAAAACACUACUACAGAGCAAACAGAAACAGCUGAAGUUACUACUGAAGUUGAAAAUAAUGUUAAUCAAGAUAUACCAACAGAUAAAAAUAACAUUAAAAACAACGAUAAUCAAACGAACAAUCUCAAAAAAGUAUCGAACAUAGAAAACGAACAUCUCAACAGAUCUAUUGCAAACGUUAUAGAAGAACCUAACGCGCAAGAACUAAAGAACCAAGAUGAAGACGCACUUACUGGUGGAAAAGUUGGCAAAGAAACCGAAACAGCAGUAUCUCAGAAUGACAUCAAGAAAGACGAUCAAGAACUCAACGAUAUACUAAGAAAGAAUAUAAUGGCGUGCGUCGAAAAGAUUGCAGUCAUAGAAGACAUGAAAAAUAAGAAAGAUUGUAACAACAACGAACAGCAGGAUGUCGUAGUGAGACCGGUGUCGGUACAAAGCAACGGAUCCGCGUACAGCGACAAUGAACUCUGGCAGAGUGAGAUAAAGAACAAAAUGGAACUAUCGCAGAUAAGAUUAACGGCUCUCAAACAACAGCAGAAGAGACUGCUCAAAUAUCAGGCUGAAGCGAAACAACAAUUAGAAGAACUGAAUAAGGAGCGUCAAACCCAGGAGAUACAUCAUCCAUCAACAUCACAUGACAAUUUCGUUGGAAUGCAGAACAUGACAAUAAAUGCAAAUUAUCACCCACAAAACCGUAUGUACGCCACUAACCCGAUCGGCGUGGCCACGACUCUGCCGCAGGCGGAUAUGACGUCACAGAUGACGUCACACAUGAUGGACAACGACCGGGCGCAAGCCAUUCACGACGGUUUCCUCUUGAGGGAAGGAAACACUGGCAGUGAGGAAGCUCUGUGUUCGGAAGACGAGGCAGCGGGAGGGCGAUUGAGAGAACAACUACGAGGCUUGCGAGCUAAGAAGGUUCACAUGGAAAACCUGGUUUCCGAGUUUCAAAAACUUCAAAUGGUAACACGUCUCGGCGGUUCACACAACGCGUACUCAAGUUCGGGCGAAGACAGCGCUGAAGACGAAGCGUCCCAUAAAUGUAACAAAUCAGGAGCGAACGUCAAAAAUGACGACCCAUUCAAGCUCAUGGAAAUAAAAGCUAUAAAGACAGCCUUACAAAAAACUAAAGAUCUGAUGCGGUCAGUGGAAACGUUUGAAGCUGAUCAUCUCUCCGGAGUUAACGAAGAAACCUUCCAUGUGCCGAACCAUUCUAACAUACAUGACAAUAAAUCGGAAGGCGGCGGCAGUAUGGGCGAUUGGUCUAACGACGCAAACGAAGGUAGCGUUUGUCGCGUUAGAAACGCUAUCGCUAGGCACAAGUUCACUAACGAGCACCAACAACAUCAGCAACAGCAUCAACAGCAACAGCUUCAUCAGCAACAGCGGCAACAACAACAACAGCUGCAACACCAACAGCAGUUUGUACAACAACAGCAUAUGCAACACAUGCAAUUACAGCAGAUACAACAACAAAGUCACGAAGCUAAUAUCAACUCUCUCCAAGAACUGGCUCAAGAGCUUCGAAUGGAAACUGAAAAAAUAAUUGGAGAAAGAGCAAGGAUUAAAGACAUUGUUACUAAUAAAGAACGCAAACAAAAGAAAGUUAACGAGGAAGUAGUACGUGGUUCAGUUAAUGGUGUCGCUAGUGGUAGUGGUAUGGGGCCGGCUGAACGAAGACAGAUGCAACUCAGAGCUUUACUAGCUGACAAACAGAGGGAGCUAGAAGCGCUGCUAAAUAAGAAGGUGUCCAGUGGUAAUUCAGAUGCUCAAAUCAUUCUCAAAACCGAUUCUGGACCUGGUUCAGUAUUAAAUGGAUCUUACAACAGUGAACAGGAGGAACAAUCUCAAUCCGAACAUGUACAAGUUGACUCACAGAAUUCUAGAGAGAAUGAAAAUUACAGGGGUGUAGACAGCGCAUCCUCUCGCUCGCUGCAAGCCGCCGCUUCACAACUGGCGAGCGCUUACGCCAGCGACAGUGACACAGCGUCUAGAAACAAGAUUAAUCAGAGAAAUCGUUCACGUCGAAGGACACAGGAAAGACAAGCAGAUGAGAAUAAUGUUUCUCAUCAGAACAACGCGAACAUGAACACACGUCACGAACCUCGCUCGGAACCCACUAACAACAUGACGCCGACCAUCACACAGAAUAUUGACAACACAGCCAACAUGCCGUUCUCUCAUCUUCCACCAACUUGUUGGAACACAAAUAAAUCUAAUCAGGACGUCCGUACAAAUCAGUUCACUCAGAACAGUCACUCGCAGACUAUGGAGCGCCUCCUGGGUACGCCCGUGGGCUUCCCGCCCGCCAUGCCCUUCAACAUGAUGAUGCCGUUUGGUAUGAUGUGCGCGUGUGGGUGCGCGUGCAGCGCGUGGGGCGCGUGGAGCUGGCAGCAGCUGGCCGCGCAGGCGAGGGACAUACACGCGCUCAGAGAACAGAUCACACAUUUGGAAGAGCGUUGGCGAGCUGAGACCGCGUCACACACACUCAACAAUCAAGUACCGCCCGGGAAUAGAGCGAAUAACUACUGGGACAACUUUAGAAGUUAUUCCCGCCAGAACUUACUGUCUACGAACAAGAGCAACGAAGGUCACGUGGCUCACGCGUUGGUCGAGCGUUCGCAUAACAGUUUACACCAUACGUCAUCGUCAACUUCUCCGUCUUUAACGCCAAAGCGAAAUACAGACGCCCCGCCCACCCAGCAGGUCGCCCCGCCCACUCACGGCCCCGCCCACUGUCCCGCUCGAGGCUACGAACGCUCUCUAUCCUUCUCCUCCGCCCCCGACGUCCUCAACGUGAACCAGAACCCGGAGGAAGAAACCAACCUGAACGUGAACCGACCCGAACCUCCUCCACAAAGAAACAUUAACUACGCUAACCCGAUACCGGAGAUUAUUCAAUCCCACUCGAACAAUCUGAACGCGCCGGCCAAUAAGCGGAAGUCGUCAGCUAAACUGCCCGCCAAAAACGCUGCGAAUAAAAAAUACGCGCUCGUUUUCUCACCGACGAGUAACAUAGAUAUUGCAAGCUCAUCUGUAGACACAGCGAACCCGAACUUAGCGUCGGGCAGUCGCGAGGUACAAGAUAAGGCAACAUCCAAGCUAUUCGAUCUAUUCAGAGAAAAUAUUUACUCCGAAGUAACAACUUUAAUUGGAGUGAACGAGUCACAUCCAGAUUUCCUAAUACAAUUGUUCAGAGAACUACAACUAAUUAGCUCAGACCCACUCAGGCAGAGAGUGUUACAAUCAAUAAGAGGAGUACUCGCACAAUACGGACCAUUGAUCGACAACCAGAAUGAUGACCAUGAAGAAAUGACAACCGAAGUGACCACAACCUCCGCGGAAAAUUGUCAGGAUUGUAACAAUCAGAACGCAUGCUCCAACAGCGUACAGAUAGAUAAUAAAAUUGUUCGAUUCCUCUUAAUGAAGAGUGAAGAAGUAUUCACAACAGAUUUACUCGAAACUCUCUCGUCACUCAUAAUAAACUCGCCUGAUGGAAGGCGGACGAAAAGACUUCUAGAUAUGCUCUCUAAAUACGAAGGAAUGAGAGUUUGUGACGUGUCUAGUGAUAUAAUAGAAAACAUGACGCUGUUUACGUCAGUGAACAACGAUGAUGAAGCAUCCCGUCACGCGAACGAAAUCUCCGAAUCUUCUAUACUACAAGACGUAGCGGGGUCAUUGAACUUAUUCAGCUCGAGCGAGACUCAACUGCAUCAGAUCAACACGUGUCCGUAUAUGUGGCCCGGACACGUACACGUGGACAUCAACGACAGUCAAGAAGGGAAGGUCGAUCUCAUCAACUGCUCGGAUAUACACAACGGCGACUUGGCCGAAGCCGAUCAGACUUGCCGCACCGAUAUAGAAGACGGACAGACACAUAACGAAAUGGCCGGAAAUGACGCUCUACCGGAUGUGGUUGACACGGACGAGGUGACGCCCACAGAGGCCGAAGCUGAGUGGUUCGGGCUUGACCGUGUGCCAACAAGGCUGCAUAUGGAAGAAACAUCUGAAAAGCAGAAAGGUGAAGGUUAA